AUGCGUCCGACCACGUUUCUCGUGGCUUUAUUCAGCCUCAUCGUCAGUAUACAUGCCUACUGGCUUGGUGACAUACAGCAUCAGGGCGUUGCACCCUUUGCUGGCUCGGGCUAUGCAGUAUUCCGAAAUGUGAAGGACUACGGCGCCAAAGGUGAUGGAGUCACAGAUGAUACUGCUGCUAUCAAUGCUGCCAUCACCGCUGGCGGAAAUCGAUGUGGAAAAGGUUGCGCUUCCACAACCCAAACCCCAGCCGUUGUCUACUUUCCUGCAGGAACUUACUUGAUAUCUUCUUCCAUUAUUCCGUACUACUUCACCCAGCUCAUCGGAGAUGCCAGCUCGCCUCCUACGUUGAAGGCCACAAGCGGCUUCUCGGGCUUUGGUCUGAUCGACGGCAACCCCUACUGGUCCGAAAACCUCAACUGGGUCUCCGUGAACGUCUUUUACCGUCAAGUGCGGAAUUUCGUCAUCGACACGACUAACAUCGCGGCCGGCACAGCAGCAACUGGUAUGCAUUGGCCUACCUCGCAAGCUACCAGCUUGCAAAACAUUGUUUUCAAUAUGCCAACUGCUUCCGGCGUUGUACACGUUGGUCUAUUCAUUGAGAGUGGCUCAGGAGGUUUUAUGAGUGAUCUGACCUUCAAUGGUGGUGCCACGGGAGCUUCUAUGGGCAACCAACAAUACACCAUGAGAAACCUUGUCUUCAACAACUGUGGAACUGCCAUAAUCCAGCUAUGGAACUGGGGUUGGACUUACAUUAACCUGUCGAUCAACAAUUGUGGUAAAGGUAUUGACAUUUCGGCCGGCGGUUCUUCUGCUCAGAAUGUCGGAUCCAUCACCGUCAUCGAUAGUACUUUUGUCAACACGCCCGUCGGUAUCAUUACAGCUUACACGUCGUCCUCACAGCCCGCUACCGCUGGUAGCAUUGUGCUGGAGAACGUCAUUCUCCAGAAUGUACCCGUCGCAGUUCAAGGUCCUAGCGGCACUGUGCUCUCAGGUGGUACCGCAACCAUCACGGCUUGGAGUGAGGGACACAGAUAUACUCCCAGUGGCCCGCAGAGCGCCCUAGGAGCCAUCACACCCAACUCAAGACCAUCAGCCCUUCUGGGUAGCAACGGCAGAUACUAUCAACGCUCAAAGCCCCAGUACGAAACCCUUGCAGCAUCAUCCUUUGUCAGCGUUCGUAGCGCUGGAGCCAGAGGUGACGCGUCUACAGAUGAUACCGCAGCUAUCCAGUCCGCGAUCAACAGCGCUGCCUCUGCUGGCAAGAUCGUCUUCAUCGACUUUGGUCUCUACCGUCUCACCUCACCUAUUGUCAUCCCACCUGGCUCCAAGAUCGUAGGUGAGGGUUAUCCAGUUCUGCUGGCCUCCGGCUCGUACUGGUCUGAUAUCAACACCCCUAAACCGGUGAUCCAAAUCGGGUCGACCUCAGGCCAAUCCGGCGCUGUUGAGCUCUCGGACUUCAUCGUUGGCACGCAGGGGUCUACUCCCGGCGCUGUGUUGAUCGAGUUCAACCUCGCGUCCCCAUCGGGCUCGCCCUCAGGCAUGUGGGACGUACAUACGCGCAUCGGCGGGUUCGCGGGCUCGCAGCUUCAAGUGGCACAAUGUCUCAAGAAUCCCGGCUCCUCUGCCGUCGUGUCCUCUUGCAUCGCGGCGUACAUGAGCAUGCACGUCACAGCCUCCGCAUCGGGUCUGUAUAUGGAGAACACCUGGCUAUGGACCGCGGACCAUGACAUCGAAGACGCCUCGAAUACCCAAACCACCAUCUACGCGGGUCGAGGUCUGUACAUUGAGUCGCGCAACGGCCCUGUCUGGUUGGUGGGCACUGCGGUCGAACAUCAUGUCUUGUACAACUACCAGAUCGCCAACAGCAAGAACAUCUUUGCGUCUGAGUUGCAGACCGAGACGCCUUACUUCAUGCCAACCCCGAAUGCGCUGGUACCGUUCCCAGUUAACACGGCGCUAAGGGAUCCAAACUUUAGUACGAGCUGCUCGGGUGUUUCUGGAAAUUGUGCUGCAUCCUGGGGGUUGAGGAUCCUAGAUUCGAGCGAUGUCCUUGUUUACGGCGCGGGGCAUUACAGUUUCUUCUCGUCGUAUUCGACCACUUGUUCAACUGUCGCGGCGGGCGAGAACUGUCAGUCACGAAUUGUUUCCCUAGAGGGCUCCAUUAGCAAUGUGAAUAUCUACAAUCUCAAUACCAUCGGCUCGCUGAGCAUGAUCAGCAGGGAUGGUACGAGCUUGGCUAGCUGGGCAGAUAACGUGAACACAUUCGCGGCGAAUAUCGCAGUAUUCAAGAGUGGUUGA